AAGUAGGAAUUGUUUCAGUGCAACUAGUGAGUUCAGGCAGUGAUUUGUUCGUCAAACCCUCGCCAGUGGUGUGUUGGAGGAGGUGUACGGGCGCCUCGCUUCAAGAUGAAGCAUCCCGUUGAACUCAAGCGGUACAAAGAAUGUGCCAAGCUCCUGAGAGGCGCUUUGGAUAUGGGCCCCAGGUUGCUAUUUGACUUCGAUGGAAGGUUCAAAAAAAUCGUCCGAGGCCGAGGGCCUGGUAGUCGUGGAAACAGUUGUGGCCGAGGAAUGUCGGGCUCUCAAAAACAUAAGAGUUACCAGAUUCGUCACAUGACACAUGGUGGACAAGUGCCCUUCUAUCGGGUGUUCCGAAAGCACAAGUUAUCCAAUGUAAAUCUGCUUGAACCACUGCCAUCAGAAGUUACACUUGAUCACAUUCAGAAGUGGAUUGAAAAUGGAUCCUUGGAUCCUGACAGGCCAAUUGAUAUGUCACUGCUUGUGCGAGCCAAGUUGAUAGAGUCCUGUGAGGAUGGUGUCAAGCUGGUUGCAUCUGAAAAGCCUCAUUUCUGCUCAAAGAUCAACAUUGUUGUGACUGAAGCUGACCUGGAGGUAAUCAAACUGGUGGAACAGUACGGUGGAAAGAUCCAGUGUCGAUAUUAUACCAGGGAAGAGCUGUCUUAUAUGUCUACACCAAGAGAGUUUGUGCACAAACAAACAGCAGAGCCCGCUUUACCGAAGCAUCGUGACGUAGUGGAGUACUAUUGCAACCCAAUGUACCGUGGCUAUUUGGUGGAUGAAGACAAUGUCCCGCAACCACUGCUGAAAAUAUAUAGGGAUGCACAUGAGCAGAACCAGGAGCACCGACCCUUGCCAGAAAACCUAUCACAGGAGCGAAUCACCAAGCCAGACGAGGUCUCGUUUGCCAAGGACCCGCGUGUUCACCGCUUUGAUUACAUAUCGCAGUGGCAUGAGAAGAGGCGCCUGGCAUUCAUCAACCAUCGAGGCACUGACCAAUUUGCCAAGAAGCUGCUUCGCGCUGAUGCCGUCAAGGUCGAAACAGCCCUGUAGGAGAAUACUGCUGCUGUCUGUAUUCCAGCCCGCAUUUUGUACAUAGGAGUUGAAUAGAUUAUAAUGAGUUUUACUUAUGACUCUUCGUGUGUAAAUACAAUUAGUGAGAUUUUGCCUCAA